UUUAUUUUAAAAUUUCUUUGUUAAUAAGCCUUUCUGGAUAUGCAUGAAGGAGUUGUUAAGUUUUGCCGUCGUAAAAGAAAAAUCUUUGUUUUGCCUGUAAACCCUAGUCUUGAAUUCGGAACGCUUUCCUCCAUCCCACUCGUUUCCUAGAUCAUAAUCGUUCUCUUACUGGGAAAAGAGACCAAAGAAAUACUAACCAGGUAAUGGGAUCGAAUCCAAUCUUGCCGGAAGGGUCUCAAAUUCCAGCAGAUGAUGAUGAGCUGGGUGUUCAUGAAGAUGCUAUCAGUUUUGUCAAUAAGGUUCGGAAAAGAUUUGAACAUGAUGAAAGUGUUUAUAAAGCUUUUCUUGAUGUGUUAACUAGCCAUGUGAAGAUGAAAGAAUGCGACCAGUUGAGUAUACGUGAUGUUCUUGAAAAGGUUUCUCAACUUUUCUGUAAUCAUGAAGAUUUAGUGGAAGAUUUCAAACGCUUUUUACCAGUUCCUGAAGCCUUGGAUAAGGAUUAUAACUCUGAGGGGAAGAAAUCUAGUGUUGCAGGAGUUUCCAAGAAAAAGAAGAAGCCAGACAGAAUGGAUAAAUUGCAGAUAGAGACAGAGAGACUCAAGGAGAAGGAGUUUAAAUCAAUUCAAGAACUGGACCUUUCUCGUUGUAAAAGAUGUAGCCCAAGUUAUUGGAUUUUUCCAGAGGACUAUCCAAUUCCUCAAGCAAGCAAUAGGACCAAACUUUGUUCAGAUGUACUGAAUGAUCGAUUGGUAUGCAUUCCUUCAACUCUGCAGGAUUUCUCACUCAAACACAAGCGUCCAAAUGAACAUGGAGAAGUCCUUUUUAAAUGUGAAAAUGAGAAGUAUGAGCUUGACUCAGCCAAAAAAAAUGUUGAAGAGUUACAAGGAAGGUGGCAGUACCAGUACAGAAGAAAAGGGAAGGAUGUGACAGAUGAACUCCAACAGAAAGAUCAGAUAAGGAUAACUUCAAGGGAGGAACAAUCUGCUGAUUAAAGAGAAUUAUUUUAAGUUUGUUAGGGAUAAUGUUAGAUUGGGUUAUAAAUGUAACAGAGGAUAAGGGCAAGUUUUUUUUUUUCUUUUUUUCUUUGCAUUCUGAAAUUCUGGCGUAUUGCCUGGGAAAGUGGAAACAUUACUCUGCUGCAUUGGGAUAUUUCUUAUUCUGUUCUUGAUUGCUCCAUUUGUUAUUUCCUUUAUUGUUUUUGAGUGAAUUUGAUUGUCAUUUGUCCUCAUUCAAGAACGGAAUAAAAGUCCAUAUUUCCAUUCUUUCU